GCGGCCGUGGCCGCUCCUGCUCCGGAGGCGCACCGAUGCUCUCGGAUGCUUUGCUGGGCGUCAAUGCGGCUGCGGCGGGGCCGAGCCCGGAGCUGUCCGCGCCCCGGAGCUGGGGGCCCAAGGGCCCGGCCCGGCCCCGCCCAAGUUUUUCUUGCCGAAGGGAGGUGCUGCUUUGGUUCUCACCGUACAGGUAUGAAUACAAGCAAGAGCGAGACAGUGAAAGAGCACCCAUUAAAACCUUCUAGAAGAUCUAUGCCAUGCCUUGCCCAGAGCCAAACACAUCCUCAGAGCCUGAGCAAGCAUUCCUCAUUUCUGCAGCCCAACCGUGUGCAGCCGCAGCUCCAGCCCCAGCCUUUGAGUGCAGGGACGUCGGCAGCUGCAGUGGAUGUAGUGUCAGAACGAGCUAAAGUGAUGGAGACUUUGGAAAGCAACUUGCUUAAGCUGUCUAAUACAGAAUAUGGUGAUCCAUUUUUAGAUGUAGGCAAGGACAAAGAUACAUACACAGAUGAUUCAGAACAUGGGAAUUAUGAUGCUCGUACAGAUCAGUCAUUGCUUAUUCAAAGUAAGCUCACCAGGCAGAAAACAGAACCUCGAACUAAAUCUUCUUUAAAGAGUGACGCCAUGGCAUCAUCAGGACUCUUCUUCAAAGAUGGCAAAAAGCGCAUUGACUACAUCUUGGUCUACAAGAAAUCAAGCCCACAGGUAGAAAAAAGAAGCACAUUUGAGAAGAAUUUGAGAGCAGAAGGGCUGAUGUUAGAACGGGAGCCAGCUGUUACCAACAGUGAUAUCAUGUUUGUUAAAAUUCACUGUCCGUGGGAGACAUUGUGCAAAUAUGCAGAAAGAAUGAACAUCAGGAUGCCUUUCAGGAAAAAAUGUUAUUACACUGACUGGAGGAGCAAAACCAUGGGCAGUUUGCAGAGGAACAUCAGAGAGCUGAAAAGCUGGCUGCCCAGAAAUCCCAUGAAGCUGGAUAAGGAGGCCCUGCCUGAUCUGGAGGAGACAGAUUGCUACACAGCCCCCUUCAGCCGCGCGCGCAUCCACCAUUUUACGAUAAACAACAAAGACAGCUUCUUCAGCAAUUCCACAAGAAGUAGAAUUGUGCAUCAUGUGCUACAGAGAACGAAGUAUGAAGAUGGAAAAUCCAAAAUGGGUAUUAAUAGGUUACUAAAUAAUGGCACAUAUGAAGCAGCAUUUCCACCACAUGAGGGAAGCCACAAAAGCAGGCAUCCCAUCAAAACACACGGAGCACAGAAUCACAGACACCUCUUGUAUGAGCGCUGGGCACGGUGGGGAAUGUGGUACAAAUACCAACCUCUUGAUUUAAUCAGGCGAUACUUUGGUGAAAAAAUUGGACUGUAUUUUGCCUGGCUGGGAUGGUAUACUGGAAUGCUUAUUCCUGCUGCCCUGGUUGGGCUCUUCGUUUUCCUCUAUGGAUUAUUUACAAUGGAUUCCAGCCAAGUAAGCAAAGAGAUCUGCGAGGCAAAUGAAACCAUUAUGUGCCCUAUGUGUGAACGCAAUUGCACACUACAAAAACUCAACGAAAGCUGCAUAUAUGCCAAGGUUACACAUUUGUUUGAUAAUGGAGGGACUGUCUUCUUUGCAAUUUUCAUGGCAAUUUGGGCAACAGUCUUUCUGGAGUUUUGGAAAAGACGGAGGGCUGUAUUGACCUAUGAUUGGGACCUCAUAGACUGGGAAGAUGAAGAGGAAGAGCUGCGCCCCCAGUUUGAAGCUAAAUAUUCCCAAGUGGAAAGAGUAAAUCCCAUCACAGGAAAACCUGAACCUUUUCAGCCUUUCCCUGAUAAGCUCAGUCGACUGAUGGUGUCUGUCUCAGGAAUAUUCUUCAUGAUUUCACUGGUCCUUACUGCAGUAUUUGCAGUUGUGGUGUAUCGACUGGUAGCCAUGGAACAGUUUGCUUCUUUCAAGUGGUAUUUCAUCAAGAAGUAUUGGCAGUUUGCAACAUCUGGCACUGGAGUCUGUAUCAAUUUUAUGAUCAUCAUGUCACUCAAUGUCGUGUAUGAAAAAGUUGCCUAUCUCCUGACAGAUUUAGAGCACCCUAGAACAGAAUCUGAGUGGGAAAACAGCUUUGCCUUGAAAAUGUUCCUCUUCCAGUUUGUCAACUUGAACAGCUCCAUCUUCUACAUUGCCUUUUUUCUUGGCAGAUUUGCAGGCCGCCCAGGAAAGUACAACAAGCUUUUUAACAGAUGGAGGCUGGAAGAGUGUCAUCCUAGUGGCUGCUUGAUAGAUCUCUGCUUACAAAUGGGAGUUAUUAUGGUUUUAAAACAAAUGUGGAACAACUUCAUGGAACUAGGCUAUCCUUUAUUACAGAAUUGGUGGUCACGACGCAAAAUGAAGAGAAGAGGGCAAUCAAUGGAGAAUAAAAUUUCUCUACCUCAAUGGGAAAAAGAUUGGAAUCUGCAACCUAUGAAUCUCCAUGGUUUAAUGGACGAAUAUUUAGAGAUGGUUUUACAGUUUGGCUUUACCACCAUCUUUGUGGCUGCCUUCCCCCUGGCACCUCUCCUGGCACUGCUCAACAACAUCAUAGAAAUCAGGUUAGAUGCAUACAAGUUUGUCACUCAGUGGCGAAGACCCAUGCCUGCAAGAGCCACAGAUAUAGGUAUUUGGUAUGGAAUUCUGGAAGGAAUUGGAGUUCUGGCUGUCAUCACCAAUGCCUUCGUUAUUGCCAUUACUUCUGAUUACAUUCCACGUUUUGUCUAUGCAUACAAAUAUGGUCCCUGUACAGAUCAAGGGUACAGACAAGAAAAAUGCUUAAAAGGAUAUGUCAACAGCAGCUUGUCAGUAUUUGAUUUGAGUGAACUUGGGAUGGGAUAUUCAGGAUACUGUCGGUACAGAGACUACAGAGCCCCACCAUGGAGCUCGACUCCGUAUGAAUUCACUUUGCAGUUUUGGCAUGUCCUGGCAGCACGGCUGGCCUUCAUCAUAGUAUUUGAGCACCUUGUUUUUGGAAUAAAGUCUUUCAUCGCCUAUCUAAUUCCAGACAUACCCAAAGACUUGUGUGACAGAAUGAGAAGAGAGAAAUACUUAGUCCAGGAAAUGAUGUAUGAGGCUGAACUGGAACAUUUGCAAAGAGAAAGGAAAAAGAAUGGGAAACAGUAUCACCAUGAAUGGCCUUAGUCAUUACCAUGCUACAACAAAACCACUUUGGAAUUGGAGAGUGAAGUUACAAACUGAAGUCAGUCUGGCAUCAGUGUGAGAUUUGGUGGUGGUAUAUUUAUGUUCUUGCUAGGCAGCGCAAUUGCAUACUUUGGUGGGCAUUGAGAAAUGGAUGUUCCCAGUGAUGUCAACGAAAAGCCUUACCUGUAACUGGUCUGUGAUGAGCUCCAGUGACAAUUGGCAUUCAGAGAUGUGCAGACAGA